UAACAGGCGGAGCCGCAGCGUUUCGGAGUUACUCUGUUCGCUACCUGAUCGCCAAGCUGGGGACACUGGCCGUGCUCAGAGGACGCGGGCGCUGACGAGGCGGCCUCGCCACUGCAACACUGGGAUCCUGGACAAGACCAGCCGCCUCUCUACUAGCGCGCCACACUCCGGUCGGCGCUGACCCUCCGUGGCCGCCGAAGCCACCCCGCGGGGACAUUCAUUCUCGCGGGCGGCCGAGCUUAGGGGCUGCGUUGUAGGCGUUUUGUCCCUGUCUGCCUCUUUUUUUUUCCUACCCCCUCCCUUUCUUCUUUUCUGUGUUGUUUUGCCUAUGUUCGGGAAACCAGACAAAAUGGACGUCCGGUGCCACUCGGACACCGAAGCCGCCAGGGUCUCGAAGAACACGCACAAGGAGAGCCGGGAGAUCAAGGGCGCGGAAGGGAGCCUUCCCACAGCCUUCCUCAAGGAGCCGCAGGGCGCCUUUUCGGCGUCUAGCGCUUCGGAAGAUUGUAACAAAAGUAAAUCCAAUUCCUCAGCAGACCCGGAUUACUGCCGCCGGAUCCUAGUCCGAGAUGCCAAGGGGUCUAUCCGAGAAAUCAUCCUGCCCAAGGGCUUGGACCUCGACCGGCCCAAGAGGACACGCACGUCCUUCACGGCGGAGCAGCUCUACCGGCUGGAGAUGGAGUUCCAGCGUUGCCAAUAUGUGGUGGGCCGGGAGAGAACAGAGCUGGCUAGGCAGCUCAAUCUUUCUGAGACCCAGGUGAAGGUCUGGUUCCAGAAUCGGCGAACCAAGCAGAAGAAAGACCAAGGCAAGGACUCGGAGCUGCGCUCGGUGGUGUCGGAGACCGCCGCCACGUGCAGCGUACUGCGGCUGUUGGAGCAGGGCCGCCUGCUGUCGCCACCCGGCCUGCCCGCCUUGCUGCCGCCCUGUGCCACUGGCGCUCUGGGCUCCGCGUUGCGCGGGCCCAGCCUCCCGGCUCUGAGUGCGGGCGCUGCCGCGGGCUCCGCCGCCGCUGCAGCCGCCGCCGCCGCCGCCACUGCCCCGGGCCCAGCAGGCGCGGCGUCUCAGCACCCGCCAGCGGUGGGAGGCGCUCCCGGCCCGGGGCCUGCAGGACCGGGGGCACUGCACGCGGGGGCACCGACUGCUAGCCACGGUCUCUUCAGCCUGCCGGUGCCGUCGCUGCUAGGCUCUGUCGCCAGCCGCCUGUCUUCCGCCCCAUUGACGAUGGCUGGUUCCCUAGCCGGGAAUUUGCAAGAACUCUCAGCCCGGUACCUGAGCUCCUCGGCCUUCGAGCCUUACUCUCGGACCAACAAUAAAGAAGGGGCCGAGAAAAAAGCGCUGGACUGAUUCUAAGUGUUACCCUGUAUUUAUAUUUAUAACAUCUAUUGUGGUGGUAUUUAUGGACUCGCGCGCGUUAGGCGCCCAGUGCUCCUGCGCGGGUCUUCCUGGCCCCCACUAGGCCUCUAACUGCUCCCCUCCACCCUCCAAACCCCGGAGGCUACUGGUUCCAUCUCACUUGGGCUGGUUUUGAUCUCUCUACUUUUCCUUCCUCCCUCCAACCCCGGUUUCCUUCUGAAUCCAGGAAUGAUCCAAAGAAUUGGGGAGAAAUACCCGGAUUAGCCAACCCCCAGCCCGGCUAGCCAGGGAAGGAACAGACUGAACCUAAGUCCAGGCCCAGGGACACCUGCUCUGGAUAGGGGCGCUGGGCACUGCUCCUAUGAAUAUUCUGAAGAGGAACUACAGGAACUGAAAAGGCAUCUUGGUCUCUUUAGAUCCAAAAGGAAGGGCCUAUCGCUUCUUGUCAGAGAAGCCCAGGCUUUGAGGAGUUCCUGGCCCAGAAUUUUAGACCUCUCAGGAUAGUCGGUGCAUGCUCAGCUCCUGCGCAGAACUAAUGAGCUUUACUUACCCCUGUAGGAAAACUCCAAUUGCAGGCUCCUCGACCCCGAGAGACGAUAAAUCAAACAAAGGCGGUAAUAAAUUUGAUCUAACAGCAAGCAAUAAAGCAAGAGUAAUUGUUACAUGAAACCAGAUGAAGUGUUACCUGUUUUUGAGCACUCAUAAAUAGUUGAGUUUGCAGGGUGUAAGAAAUUCGGGCUAGAAAACACACCACGGGGUCGUGCGAAAUAAAAACCCCGAGUGCUGCGACUUUAGAUUAGAACGUAAAGAGGAAAAGCAAAGA